AAAGAAGUCACCGCAACCAUGAGGACAGCUGCUUGGCUCUGAAGAGAGAAAGUGCCACAAAUGAGAAAAGAGAGAGAAAGAAGAGCUUUCUUCUUCAUUUGGGGCAUGUGUCACCGCACACUCCUGUUGCGUGUGGUAAUAACCCUUCACGUGUUCUUAGGAUGGUGUCAUGGAGGAAUUACAAAUAUUAACUGCUCUGGUAACAUGUGGGUGGAACCUGGUGACAUUUUUCAGAUGGGUAUGAAUGUUUCUGUAUAUUGUCAAGAAGCCCUGAAGAACUGCCGACCAAGGAGGCUUCACUUUUAUAAAAAUGGCCUCAAAGAAAGGUUUCAUAUCACAAGGAUUAAUAGAACAACUGCCCGACUUUGGUAUAAAGGCUUUUCGGAACCUCGUGCCUCUAUGUAUUGCACUGCUGAAUGUCCUGGGCAUUUUCAAGAGACUCUCAUUUGUGGAAAAGACAUUUCCUCUGGAUAUCCGCCGGAUGCGCCCAGCAAGGUGACGUGUGUCACUUACAAAUACUCGAGCAACAUGACCUGCGCCUGGGACACCGGGAAGCCCACCUACAUAGAUACCAAGUAUGUGGUGCACGUGAAGAGUUUAGAGACAGGAGAAGAGCAACAAUAUCUUGCCUCGAGCUAUGUUAACAUCUCCACUGACUCACUGCAAGGUGGCAGGAAGUACUUGGUAUGGGUCCAAGCUGUCAAUGCCCUAGGCAUGAAGGACUCCCAACAACUACAAGUCCAUCUGGAUGAUAUAGUGAUACCUUCUGCAUCCAUCAUCUCCAGGGCUGAGACUGUAAAUGCUACUGUGCCCACGACCAUAAUUUCCUGGAAUAGCAACUCCAUGGUUGGAAAAGCAUUCUGUGAAAUACGAUACAAAACAACAACAAACCACACAUGGAUGGUUAAAGAAUUUGACACCAACUUCACAUCUGUGCAGCAGUCAGAAUUCUACCUGGAGCCGAACAGCAAAUAUGUAUUUCAAGUGAGAUGUCAAGGAGUGGGUAAAAGAAUCUGGCAGCCUUGGAGUUCACCCUUUGUCCACCAAACUCCCCAGACAGUUUCCCAGGUCACAUCAAAAUCAUCCCAUGAACCUCAGAAGACUGAGAUGCUCACUGAUACAAUCUUCAAAGGACAUCUUAUUUCUGAUAAUAGUCAAGACAUUGGACUUUUGUCGGGAAUGGUCUUCUUGGUCAUCAUGUUGCUGUUUUUUACUCUGAUCGGGAUAUUUAACAGAUCACUUCGAAUAGGAAUUAAAAGAAAAGUCUUACUGAUGAUCCCUAAGUGGCUUUAUGAAGAUAUUCCUAAUGUGGAAAAUAGUAAUGUUGCAAAACUAUUACAGGAAAAAAGCAUAUUUGAGAACAAUAAUGCCAGUGAGCAGGCCCUGUAUGUGGAUCCUGUGCUUGCAGAGAUAAGUGAAAUCUCUCCGCUGGAACCCAAGCCCACAGAUUACAAAGAAGAAAGGCUUGCAGGACUCCUGGAGACAAGAGACUGUCCACACACAGCAUCGUCUACCGGUUCUUCUGUUGUGUACAUUCCUGACCUCAACACUGGAUACAAACCCCAGAUUUCAAACGUCCCCCCUGGAGGAAACCACUUCAUUAACGGAGAUACGAGAGGCUCUGCAACCCUCGAGGCCACAGGUGGCCACUUUGCCAGACUGAAAGCAUAUCCCAGCUUCGCAUUUUCUGCCUCAAAUAUGACUUUACUAAGCAAAACACUAACUUUUGAUGAAUUGAAUCUAGUUUUAAAUCAAGAUGAACUCAAUCCUCUUGACAUACAAAACUCAAGACAGGAGGAAACCAGUAUGAUUUUGGGGAGCGACUCACACAGUGAGACUGUCCCGGAACAGACUCUGCUGUCUGAUGAAUUUGUCUCCUGUUUGGCAGUCGGGAGUGCGGACUUGCCAUGUAUUAAUUCUUACUUUCCACAGAACGUUUUGAAAAGCCACUUCAGUGGGAUUUCACUAUUGCAAAAGUAAGACUAUGGCAUCAGAGUCGGUGUGAGAUGCCGCCCUCCCCCUGCAAGCCAAAUCUUACCUCAAAAGAAGAGCAAUUACUGUUCAAAGACAUCAGGAUGGAACAUGUCUCACUGACAAAUCAAAACAAAAGAGAGACAGUAAGGAUGUGUUUGUUUGUUUGUUUUCAUUUUCAUUUUAAUAUUUCCACUUGAGACAGGAUCUCACAGAGCCCAGCUUGACUCUAACUCACUAUAUAGCUCAGGAUGCUGAACUCCUGAUUUUCCUGUCUCUUCCCAAGUGCUGGAAUUAAAGGUGUGCGCCGCUAGAACCAUUUCUUUUAUACUUUCUUCAUUAAAUUGUAUAGAUCAGCUCUGUUUGUAUAAAGGAUAGAUCGUGCAGAACACAAAGUAGUGAAAUAAAUGUAGCAAAUGGGUCUUUUAAAAUCAAAACAUGAAUAUUUCCUUACCCAGGCAGAAACAAGUUUAAUUUUCAUCUUAUCACUUAAAAUUCUCCUGAGUAGAUAAAAUACAGAACCACAAAAUAAGGCAGAAACAGAGGCCAGAAGCUAAUUAACAUACUUGCUUAUUGUUCUUGCAGACUUUCCUUGUUUUAGAUUGAAAGACUGUAAAACAGUGGUGGUUGGAACCAUGGGCCUGCUUGGUCCAUUCAAGCUAAGAGCGGAGGGUGGUGGGCUUCCUUGUGCAGCAAACACUAAUAUUUACAUUCUAGCAAAAUUUGUGUGAGGUAGGAGGCAGAGGAUCGACAAGACAGGCACUCUGAUUUCUAUUGUCAACUAUGUGUUGAGUAUGUCAUAAAACUCUCUAAAAACAAAUUUGUAUCCAACUCUGAGAUGGUGAACAUCCAUUACAUUUACUCUUGUCCCACAGCCUGUGUCUGCUGCAGGCAUUGCAGGCUGGUCAUUACAUGCCUCAGUUUACUCUUUUCUCACCCUGUGAAGCCCUUGUGCUUUAAAGAAGAACAACUAGCUAAAAUGUAAGAAGCUUAUAAGGUAGCGUAAAUUCUGUCUAUCCUAAAAUAUAUAUGUAUAUGUUGUACUUUACGUCACCUAAAAAGGAUU